UUAUCUUGAAAACUGGAAAAGGGGCCAAAAAAAAAAAAAAAAAAGAAGGAAAUGCAGCUGAUGAUUUUCUCAAUUUCUCCAGUGGACCCAGUCACAAUUUCUCGCCUUUCUUUCACGUUCGUUUAGUAAUUCUUUUACCUAUUGCUAUAUUUCUCCAAUUCCACCAUCCUCGCCUGCUGUAUGUCUCUCUUAAGGUGGCAGUCGGAGAAGCAGAGAGAGAAUGGGUCUCAUUUCAAAGUAAUUGACGCUCCAAAUCCUAAAUCUUCUAGGUCUUGUUCUGCUGCUUCGCAACCUGGAGUAAGUUCUUCAGAGUUUUCUGCUUGGAAAACUUGCGAAGGAUGCCAGGAAAACCUGAUGUGGAAGAUAAGAGGUUUGAAGGAGGUGGAGGGCAGAUUCAAUUCCAAUCAGGCAUUUACUCUCAGCCAUGGUGGCGUGGUGUGGAGGAAAAUGCCUCUAAAUCAUCUGCAGUAUAUCAGAUAAGUGGUUCAGUCAUGAAUUCACCGGCUAAGGACGGAGCAGAUAAAGUUGAUUUUCCAAAGCAGACACAGCCUAUGGUUUCACCUUCACUUUCUGCUGUUGGUGGAAAUGACAACAAAGGGCACCAAAAUAACAAAUAUGUUCUGUCCUCUCCAGCACAUACGAUGGGUAAACACAGUUCAAAUUCCCAAGCCGAACUUGUUGGUCAUUCAAUUGUUUUUACCUCUUACCCUUACUCAGAUGCACAAUAUGCUGGAAUCUUGACAUCCCAUGGGCAUCAAAAUAUGGUCUGUUUGCUAAAUGCAGUUUCAAUAAAUCCUCAGUUGUAUGGAAUGCAUCAUGCUAGAAUGCCUUUGCCACUUGAAAUGGAAGAGGAGCCUGUCUAUGUCAAUGCAAAGCAAUAUCAUGGUAUUUUAAGGCGAAGGCAAUCACGUGCUAAGGCUGAGCUUGCAAGAAAAGUUGUUAAAGCUAGAAAGCCAUAUCUUCACGAAUCUCGUCACCUACAUGCUAUGAGAAGGGCAAGAGGAUGUGGGGUUCGCUUUUUGAAUACAAAGAAGGUUGAAAAUAACAAUUCCAACGUUGCUCCAAAAAAGGACAAGAACAGUGGUGCAAACCUGUCAGCAAUAUCUGCCAAUACACCCUCCUCUGAUCAUUCUCUUAUCAACAACGAGAUUUUCAGCUCAUCAAAGAAUCAUGACAUGUCAGUGUCCAUGGCUGGGAACAUGCUCAAUGGAGACUUGUUUGGUCGACAGAGGGGAAGCAUGCAGAUUCAUGGAACCCCAAAUAUGGCUAUCAAAUGAAACUCUUCUGAGUUGGUGGAUUUUCUCAGGUGAAGAGGCUGAAGGCUUUGUCUCUUCUUUCUCAAUAGGAGGAAACCACCCUCAAGGCAACUCAUUCUUGGCUCGGUUACUUUGGUUAAAGUGGUUGAGAUCUUUCUGUGAUUGGUCUCUCCUUGGUUUGCUUUAUUUGUUAAAUACAUGAAAGACGAAGUGAAAUAAUAGUUUUUAUGGUUUCUGAACUUGUUCACUGGGAUGCACUUUUCAAUCUGAGUACAUCAAUCUGGAUUUAAUGGUUACUGACUUGAUGAUUUUAAA